AUGCCUCAUCCUUCCAAUGGACCUCUCUUCGAAAGCUAUGCCGGCGGUCCGGGAGGAGAGUUGUUGCCAACGGAUUCCCAUCCAGAGGAGAAGACAAUUCGACCGGAAUCCAUGACCGUCAUGCCAGCAAACCCCAAGGCCGGCGGAGUCGAUAAUCUUCGCGAACUGGUUACCGAACUCGAGGCAAUCAGAACAGGCCUUCCCUCCUCAUCGCAAUCAUCGCAAGCCACUCCAGUCUCCGCCGAUGCAUUCUCAGAUACUGUCUUUGAAGAGCUGUCUCGUCUGGGAGAAGGGGCAGGCGGUGCCGUCCACAAAGUAAGACACAUACCGUCUGGAAUCAUCAUGGCCAGGAAAACAAUCACCACGCUCGAGGCACCCAGGCGGCAACUCGAGCGCGAGCUCUCCAUCGCGGCCUCUGCACAGCACGUCAACAUCAUCAAAUGGCACGGAGCGUAUAUGACACCUUCGUCGAAUGAAAUCAAGAUCCUGAUGGAGUAUUGCGAGGGUGGCAGCUUGGAGGCGGUGGGGAAACGUAUCAGGGAACGUGGGGCUAUCGUGGGCGAGAAGAUUGCAGGCAGAUUGGCCGAAGGAGUUCUACAAGGCCUUGCAUACCUCCACAGCAAGAAAACCAUCCAUCGCGAUAUCAAGCCAUCCAAUAUACUCCUAUCGAGGGAAGGUGUCGUGAAACUAUGUGACUUCGGUGUGUCUGGCGAACUCGUCAACUCACUUGCUGGCACGUUCACGGGGACGAGUUUCUAUAUGGCGCCUGAAAGAAUUUGUGGCCAUGAAUACACCAUCCGCUCGGAUGUCUGGUCUACGGGCAUUUCCCUCCUCGAACUCGCGCAAAACCGUUUCCCCUUCCCCAGCGAUCUGCCACCCAUCGAGUUGAUGAUGUACAUCACGACCGGAGAGCCCCCGAGAUUAGAAGAUGAGCCUGGCGUUCAAUGGUCUGAUGAGAUGAAAGAUUUCAUCAAGCAAACAUUGAUUGUGGAUGCUGCGACACGUCCGACACCCAGAGAGAUGCUCGAACAUCCCUGGAUCAUCACCUCCAUGAAACAAGAAGUUCAUAUGGCUCGCUGGAUCCGCCAAGUCUGGGGAUGGCCGAAGGCACCCCGCCGUCGAGAUGAGAGCGCCUCCAGGCCGGGCACAGCUCAUGGCGAAUAA